UAAGACUACAGUUAUCGUUCUUGACCCGGGAAAUAAGCAAACAGAAAAUCGCAAGUCUGUCAACAUGAUCAGUGAGAGCGAUGAAGACGAUGUUGCUGUAACAGAGAAGUAUGUGAAAAAUAAUGACACCUUAAAGAAAUAUGGAUGGGCAGAUUUGCCUUUAAGACAAUACCAGUUGUCAGGAGUAAACUGGCUGAUCAAUUGUACAAAGAAGGGACAUGGAGCAAUACUUGGAGAUGAAAUGGGCUUGGGGAAAACGUGUCAGACAAUAGCUUUCCUAAGUUAUUUAAAGAAACCAAAUCAGCAAAGUGUGGUUGUCUGUCCAAGAUCAGUGUUAGAAAACUGGGCCGAAGAGUUUAAAAGGUUUUCACCAACUAUGAAGAUACAAAUGUACAUUGGAGAUAAAGACAAACGAUCAGAACUGGCAACCAAAAUCAAGCAUGAUCUGAAAAAGGGGAGACAACCAUUUGAUGUUCUUCUCACCACAUAUGAGCUAUGCCUGAAGGAUGAUGCUUUCCUGUCUUCUGUGCCAUGGUGUGUUAUUGUUGUGGACGAGGCCCAUCGUCUGAAGAACAGUGAAUCUCUACUUUAUCAGACUCUCUCUGAUUGGAACAUAGAUUACAGAGUGUUGUUAACUGGGACCCCAGUACAGAACAAUCUGGAUGAGCUGUACUCCUUACUCAGCUUUGCUGCUCCAAGAAUGUUCCGACUCUCAGGGCGCGAAAAAUUUGUCAACAAGUACAAAGAUGUUGCCAAAAAUAAAGGAACAUCAGAACUCCAUGAGGUCCUAAAGCCUUACCUCCUACGUAGGACCAAGGAGGCAGUCCUUAAAGACCUUCCCAGGAAGUCAGAAAUUGUGAUGUAUCAUGGGAUAUCCAAAGUCCAAAAGAAACUCUAUAAAGCCAUCUUAACUAAAGAUACAAGUGUUUUCACAGACACAAACAGACCAGGGGGAGGUUCUCCCAGACUCAUGAAUAUUCUAAUGCAGCUCAGAAAAUGUGUCAAUCAUCCAUACCUCUUUGAUGGCGUUGAACCAGAGCCCUUUGAGCUGGGAGAACACCUGGUUGAGGCCAGCGGUAAGCUGGUUCUUAUUGACCGGUUACUGAAGUACCUACAGACCACUGGACACAAGGUCCUGCUCUUCUCUCAGAUGACCCACAUGCUGGACAUUAUACAGGAUUACCUGGGAUACAGGGAGUACAGUUAUGAACGUCUGGAUGGAUCGGUUCGAGGGGAGGAGAGGUUCCUUGCUGUUCAGAACUUUAAUAAGAACACAGAGACAUUUGUAUUUCUGUUGAGUACCAAGGCUGGGGGACAGGGGCUGAAUCUGGUGGCGGCUGACACCGUCAUUUUUGUGGACAGUGACUUCAAUCCUCAGAAUGACCUUCAGGCUGCUGCCCGGGCUCACAGGAUUGGACAGACAAGGCCAGUGAAGAUUAUACGGUUAGUUGGCAGACACACUGUGGAGGAGAUAAUCCUAAAGCGAGCGGAGGACAAACUGAAGCUGACAGAGAAAGUGAUAGAGGAGGGGGAGUUCUCCCUGGGGCUCAAUAAACAGUCCCUCAUCUCUGAUGAACAUGUGCCACUACAAGACAUUCUGAAGUAUGGUGUAGAUAAUCUGUUGAAUGAAGAUGACUCUGAUGACAUUGACAUUGACUUCACCAAAAUCCUCGGUCCGUCUGUCAAUGGUGAAUGGCAGUUAGAGGAGGAGCCAUUAGUCAGUGACGAACAAGAGAAGGAUCAGGAGUUAGAGGAGGGUCCGUCCAGUAUGUAUGAGUUUGAGGGGGUGGAUUAUACCAAGGAACCCUCAGCAGCUGACAUAAAGGCCUUUGAAGACCUUCUUUCAACUGAACAGCUGAUAACGGAGGAGGAAUUUUCAGGUGAGAGGUCACUGAGGAGAAAACAAUCUGUUCUACUUAGUCCACUAAUGGAGACACCCAGUUCCAGAAAACCCAAGAAACCACUCACCCAGGAGGAGAUUGAUGAGAGAAACAGAAAGAGAAAGGAGACAAUGGAGAGGAAAGCUAAGGAGGCAGAGGAACGAGCCAAGAAGAGGGUUGAACAGCAGAGGAAAAAACUUGAAGAACUCUGGAAAAGCAACAGUUAUGUGUGUAGCUGUGUGAGGUUUGACAGUGAGGAUGAGGACACUGAAGAAGAAGAAGAUUCAGGACUUGGACUGGGUGAGGAGGAGGAGGAAGGGGGACAGAAGAGUCACGCCAUACACUACGUCAGCGGGGACGUCACUCACCCCAUCAAAACCAGGAACAGUGUCAAUCUCAUCAUUCACUGUGCAGAUGAUUCUGGCUGGUGGGGUAAGGGUGGAGUGUUUACAGCGAUCUCCAAACGAAGUCACUCUGUGGAGGAACAGUACGAACUGGCAGCUAAAAUGAAAGACAUACAUGUAGGAGAUUGUCACCUUAUUUCUAUGGAGGAGGAAGAUAAGUCAGGAGAGGUGGAAGACUGGAUGUGUCUUCUCAUAGCCCAGCACAGGGACAAGAAGAAUAAUACUUUAUCAGGGAUCAAGUUAUCUGCCUUAAACGAGGGACUCAAAAUGGUGUAUAAGUUGGCAAAAGUUCGGAAAGCUAGUGUUCAUCUGCCGAGAAUCGGCCAUGACACCCCGGGAUUUAACUGGUAUGGUACAGAGAGAUUAAUCAGGAAGCACCUGGCAGCCAGGGGAAUCCCCACUUAUAUCUAUUAUUAUCCAAGAAAACAGAAGGGGAUGAAGAGAAAAAAUGAUGAUUCUCACAACACAAAAUCCCGUAAGUCUCUGUCUAAGAAGAAGAUGAGUCCCAGUACCAAUGCCAUGAAUGGUGGCUCCAGCAGUAAACUGCCUGAUUUAUUUACGGGAAUGUGUAUUUACUUCCAUCCCUCAAACUUCAGUUCAGACAAGCUGAAGCAGUACAGGAGACAGAUCAUUGCUUAUGAUGGUGAUGUUGUCAAGGAAUUUUCCUCUGAUGUCACCCGUGUCAUAGCUGAUUCUAACUGUGAUCAGACGGCAGCUUCAUGGUUGAAAUCUAAUGUGUCAUGCCCGGUGGUGACACCUGAUUGGCUAGAUUGCUGUCUACGAAAGAGGAAGAUUGUUCCCACCCAGUCCUACAUACACCCCUCCUGUGAUGGAAGCUGACACAAUAAAGUUUUAGUUUAGAGAAUGAAGAUCCUCCUCAACAUCUCUUCUUGAUGUUUCCUGGUCAUAUACCAAGGAUGACAGUAGUGGACUGCUAGUCUUAUUAGUGCUUUGAGAUUAGUUGUACUAACAUUUUAAAAUUCAGAUCUGUGAUAUUAGUGUUAGAGUAUUUUUAAAUGUUCACCUAAACCAUAGGCUCAGUUUAAUGUUUUUUGAUCCAAAUUUGUCCAUCAUCUAUCUUUUUGUUAACUAUAUGUAUUUAUUCAAAUAUUUAACUUCUGUACACUGGGAUAGUUUUACACAAAACAUAAAAGCUAUAGAUGAGGGGUUUGUCUACCCUUUGGAGCUUUGAUCUGACGAUAAUAUGAGAACAAAUUAAGCGAAAUAAAUACAGGCAGAUAUAUCAAUUCUUUCAAAAUUUCAUUAUCAGUAAAGCAAGUUUAUAAUUGCCUACUGGGUAUUUAUAUUAAUAAUUGCAAAAUCUAAAUUUAGUGACAGAUAGUUUAGAUGACUAGUUCCUAAUUUAUACAAAUCAUGGUUUAAAGUUCUGUCCAUAAAAAGAGGUAAUUUAUUUUGAACAUCUACCGGUAUAUACACUGUAGAUGCCAACAAGAGAAACAAGGCUACAAUUUCAUAUCAGAUUUAAAGACUCAAUAAUAGAAUAUUAGUUUGAUAUGUUAAAAGGGUUACUUUUAUUACUAUAUAUUCAUUUGUCAUGAAGAGAAAAAUGAUUCAGGUGGGCAGUGUAGACUAUGGGCCUCUUGUUUAAGGGUAUAUGUUUUAUCGACUUGAUGUCUCUUGUUUUUUGUGAGACUUGUUAAAUAUCAGUUAUCAGGGUAAUACUGUUCUCAAAAUAAAAUGUGUGACUACAAUCUGACACACUUGAGUUUAUAUUUG